ACAGCCGUGUAUGCGUGACGCCCUCUACCGUCAAUGCCAAUAGCCGCAGCUGGCUGAUUCCCGCCACACAUGUCUGGCCAGAUAAACCUGUACAACAUCUACAGCUUGCUGAAGAGCGAGAAGCCGAAGGACAGGACUGACGGACUUCAGCAUUUACGCAGACUGCUUCGACAUGGGAGGAAUGCCGAAGCCCUCAAUGAUAAAGGCUAUCAUAAGCUGUUCGAGGCAUUGUUUCACAUCGUUGUUCGUGAAAAAGCACAGUACACUCGCGCGAAGGGCACAGCCAAGGCAACCGUCGCAAACCGCCUGCAACAAUGCGGGCAAACAUUGCGCGCGGCGGUUGACGUUGGUGUUAGAUAUUUACGACAAAAGACAGUGGAAGCCAUCAUCGAGCAUAUAUGUUACACUUUGCCGUCUGCUGGGGCUGGUCUGUUUGAACCAGUCAGCCUGGACUACUCUAAGGCCUUAAGAUGUAUCCUUUCAUACCCACCUCAUGCCGAGCACUUUACUACGACACGUUGGACAGAUCUGAUCGACUUCUGCUGUGGCAUCCUGCGGGCUCCCAUGGAGGAAGACGGAAAUGGUCAAGGAAACCCGGAUUCUCACGCUAGCGAAGACGACUUUGACAACACCCCCGGAGGUUGGAGAAACAGGUCGUACCACAACAAGAUAAGAUUUGAAGAUACGCAACUCAUGCAGUGUUUACAAGGUCUGUUGGAGACGCCAAAUGCUCCUGUUGCGGCUGUCGGUCAGCUGGUGGCCGAUUUCCUUCUUCGGUUCUUGAAUUUCUACACGACAGAGACCAGCGCACAUAUCUUCGCAAUGCAAGCCUUGAACAGGACGUUGGCGUCGAUCUCGGUGAACAACAUUCGUCUGACGGAUCGAGUUGCGCAGACGUUACUGCCACUGAUCGCCAGGCUUUGGACUACCAAAAGCGCAGCACUGAAGGAACAGUUACUGAUUACGUUGAUGUACACAUACCCAUACCUUCAUCGGCGCAUUCAAUCCCAUGCAUCAUGUAGAGAGGAUGCAAUGCAUUUGUUUGAAUCCAUGUGGGCAGAGCUGGUGGAGCUCUUGGAUCGUGAUCGAUUACAGUUGCACGACCUGGACUACCGUUACGACAGUCUCGAAAGACCGGAAGCACGAGCAUUCCACUCGUUACGCAGCCGCUCUUUCAGCUUGCGUGCGUCUGUUGAUCCCAUUGCGACUCGAGCUGAGCAGGCCUGGGGAUGCUUGCAGACCAUAGCGGCUUUGGCAAUCGCCAUGGACAACGAGGAGGCUUUGGGCCUCCACGACGAACGCUCGAGUGCAGGCGACGACGACGCUGCUCAGAAACGCCGCAAAGUCACCGAAAGCCAGUUGAGUUUCCUUGUCUGUCAAACCCGGCAUCCCUCAAGUCGUUUAAGAAUUGCCGCACUCCAGGCUAUUGUAUUCGUCUUCGAAGCUUUGGAACCGACAAAGGCUGGGGUUUUGGACAUGGGUAGCUUGAUCCACGACCUAGCAUUGUUAUGUGGGGAUGACGAUGUUCAAGUUCAAUGCUGGGCUGUGACUUGUGCUGCUAGCAUUGCGCGCUACACCACUCUUUUGCGGAGGCUGAAGUCGCCAAAUGCUCUCUCACAGCUAGCUAGUGAGCCAGAGUGGAGAAUCAUUUGGUCGGUUUGUUGCCGCAAAAUCACGGCUACAGCUACUUGCAGAGCAGCCUGCUACUUUCUAUCUACGGCUGUCGAAACUUCAGUAUUGGAUGACGAAUUCGUUGUUCUCGAGAUCGAGCAAAUACUAAAGACAAUUGACUUACAAGGCCCGGCUCAAUUGACGGAUACGUCGUGCACCCUCAUCGCCAGAGCUCUCGACAUCACGAUCAAGACGGGCACAGUCCGACGCUUGCGUCCUCAAGAAAAAAUCUUGCAAUGGUUCGGUUCAUGGAACCCACUAGAUGGCAUGGACAAGCGGAUGUCGCAGACCUACCCGCGGCUUUUAAACGCGUCUCUGGUACUUGCUUUACUCGAACGAUGUCGCCAAAGUUCCGGGUCUUUGCCGCAAACCCCUGCUGGUGCUAAUGACGUCCCUCGUGGUGCUAUCGGAAGAGUUUGCUUAGAGUUGGCUGACCGACAGGAUUUGCUGCAGUAUUUGCUUCUUGCGUUUGCCGAAGACAAUGACAACCAACCGCCGUUGUCACAGGAGCUGAUUAGCACGCCCUCGCAUAGUCUUUCGUACAAAGUCGAUCCGGAACAAGCAAUCUUGUUCGAUACAGGCCUAAGGAAGAUCCUGAUCAAGGACGCCCGUGUCAUCAGGGAUAAUCUUCGAUCUUUCCUCGAGGAGGAUCCUAAUUCUUUGACACCGGAAAUAAUGUCCCAUGUGCUGGAAUUUGCGCUAAUUACAGCGAUGUUGGCUGUCUCCAUCGACUCGCCCAAUGAGGGUGCUGCAGGCGAGCUAACAGGCCUGGUAACCUGUAUUUUCGAAGAUGUUGGGUCUUUCUUGAGGCUGGACAAUGCGAAACAAGUGCAUAUUGAUAUGUGUUUGCUGUCGCUCAAUCAAUGCUUCAUUCAAGCGAAAGGAUCAAGCGUACCUACGGACGGUGCUGCUUUUCGUGCGAGGUUGGACAAUGUCCAUUUUCUUGCGGAUGCAUUCGCGCAUCUGUCGAGUAUCAUUGAGUCUCGCAUGAAAGUGCAAUCGGACAACGAGCCUCAUAAUGGGCUUGAGCCUGACUACAAUGACGGCGAGGAUGAUGAUGACAUGGAUAUGGCAGUGUCUAGCAGCUCGGGGCAGCAUUCGGAUUUGAAAGACCUUCCCCGGACUGUACUCAACGUGCGAUGCGCUCUCGAGCGCUGGCGGACCGACAUGUGUAUACGGCUGCAUAUGAAUUCCUCAGUGGAUGUACUCGUGUCUUCGCAAUGGAAGGUAAGCACGUUCAUGGAUUAUAUCUCAAAGCUGCCAAAAGGUCGUGUGCUGUGGGCGGAAAGUUCUUUGACAAGCUGUCUCCAGGCGAACGGAGAGCAUUUACCCGUCGGCGCGAUCCAUGAAUUCCUUGAAUAUGCGGCAUCGUUGUUCUUGUCAGAUUACGAUUUUGAGCGCUCGGAAGCAGUCAUCGUUUUCUUCAUCAACACGUUGGAGGUCCUGGUCGACAUGUGGACGAUGGAGGAUAACGACGACAUCAUACACACUGUCUAUGAAUGGGUGGUUAAGAUCACGCUUGAUAAGAAUCUGGCAUCUUACGUGGUAAGGCGGAGACUGGCGGCCUUGCUAAGGAAGCUACUCUCUGCUCAACCUCAUCACCAUGGUACCAGCAAUACAGGGUCUACGCGCAGUCGUUUCAUCGAAUUGCUUCGAGACCGCGACGCCAGAGUCACACAUGACAUGUCCGCCCUAGUGGUUCAGCUUUUCAGAUGUUUUCCUCAGGGCGAUCAUGUCGUGAUAUAUCAAGAUAUCAUGAAAUUCCUCGAAGACAACGAAGAAAACCUUGAGAUGUUCUCCAUGCGUGUCUUAACACUUUGGCGCAUUAGUAUGGCUUCUGAAGCUACGCGUAAAGCUGCAAUCUACAACCUCAUUGAGCUUGGUAACUUCGGUCUUAGCAGACCUUAUGUACAACACGCUUUGCAGGGUAUCGCUGGAGGCUGUGGUGUUGAAAGUUCUCGAGAACUACUGCAGACGUAUAUUUCCCAAGUGAUUUACAGCUGGAUCCAGUUAGAGGGCUCCAUAUCCGAUUUUCCUUACGCCAUUUUUGGGUACAAAACCUUGAAAGAUUGGAGCACGACCUACAGAGAGGAGUUAGGGGCACAACUGCUGUUGCAUGGUGGCAUCGCGGCAUUCAUUGAGUUGUCUCAAGGAACUCUAAGGGGUACAUUUGAGGACCUGCUUCGGGUGUGUUUUCACCGUGCUAUGGCUUAUGGUAAGCUGCACAAACACAGUGAAGCAAGUGCCAUUCAACCUGACAAAGCGGAGUCUAUAUCCAUUGAAACGCUUUGUGCGACAAGGCUGCCCGACUUCAAUUCGCUUUUGGUUGAACGUUUUGAUGACACGAUCGCCGUCAUGCUUUAUUCACUUCGUGAGGAAGGGUCAUCGUCCAAAGCCUUCUAUCAAUCAUCAUUGCCUGCGGAAGGUCAGGUUAUGGAUAAUAUCUGUGGCUUAAGUUGUUCAGAUUGCGUUCUACCCGAACCUCCACGGCCUCACUACAGGGCACGGGUCGUCAUCCGUGCUAUUUCUGAUCUAUGCCAACAGGCAGCGGUUUCCCCAAAUAAACUCUGGACACCUUCACGUUUGGCAUAUAUCCUCCGCUUCUUGAUGUCUUCUGCCACAAAGGCGUCUAGCCCUACCGAGCUGUGUGUGCUAAUAAGGAAGCUCCGCUUUCUGGCAAGCAUGGCCGGUGGAGCUAUUGUUCAAGGUUAUCCGCUCGACAUGCUCCUUCACUUUCUCACGGGAUACGUGCUUGUUCCACUUUGCAGCAAGGACGCCAUCGGAGUUUUACAGUAUCUCAUCUCUCAUUCGGUACAUGGAGACAUCGUUACUCCAGUUACCCUCAUCAGGGCCACAUCCGCGCUGGUUCGUGCAUUACGUGUCCUGGAAGCCACGGACGCCGGCACCGAAGUGGUACAAACGUCGAACAAGUGGUUGAAACGAAUAACACAGAUUGUCCAAGAAAAUCCUCACUUGGACGAAGUGGUCCCCGCAUUUCAGGCCCUCCUGACUCUAAGAGGGUUGGCUGACGAUAAGAGCGUGGAUUGGCGCUCAGCGCUGAAGCUUACAUUUUCCUUCUCAGAUCGCUCGCCGCUGGACGCAGAUUCUAGAAAUUUGUUGUUUGAAGCGUUCACUGAUGCUUAUGACAGAAGCGGCAACGAAGGCCAUGAGUUUGUCGGACAACUCGAAGUGUCCGCAUUAGCAAAAUCUAUCGUAUGUCAUGCCUCCCAGCUUGACUUUUCGGACAAGAACCUCAGCAACAUAGGAAGGAUCUUAGGUAUGGCUUUUGCAUCAGAGGGUUCUGCGCCUGUUCUCACCGAAGCACGUACCGUGCAAGGUCACCCAGGAGAGAAUCCGGAUCUGAUCACCAAAACGGCGGUCUUGCAGCAGAUGGCCAUUCUUCUGCGGCAUCCUUCUCACGUCAUCGUUGGAGAGGUUGAGGCUAUAGUAAGCCGUAUGUUUGCGCGUGACCCGAAUCAGCAGGCAUUACAAUCGCUUCCUGAACAUGUGCGAUUAGCGCUGAACCGGCCUGAAUCCCAUCCGAGAACGCAUCGUCGGACUGCAUCAGAUGUCGACGAUGUCUCCAAAAGCUUUGAGCCUCAAACGUGGAUGAACUCCCGAACUCCUUUCACUGACUGGAGUGUAAGUCUUGUGCUCGCACUUGUGCGUCUUGCUAUGGAUGACCCGGUAAUGGGGUGUUUAGCGCCCUUAGUCCAUGCCCUCGACACAUUUGGUAAAGACCUCUUUCCCAAUCUCGUCCUUUUCGUCUUGUCUAAGUCUACCUCCGAUACGGUGUUCAAAUCUGCCGGGGCCGCUCUUGCCGCUAUCUUCAACCACAAUUUUCGCACCCUGGCUGACAAUGUUUCGCACGAGCGACUCGCCCUACUUCUCGAUUGCGUUCUAUACCUACGCCAGACAGCAAUGCCUAACUCGAAGGUCGGAUUCGAUCGGAACUUCUGGCUUCCAAUCGACUACUCGGCCGCAGCGGAUGCAGCGGUAUUGUGUAAUAUGCCGAAAGCAGCAUUGCUAUUCACAGAGAUAUAUUGGACGAAAGCAGAUGCAGUACCACGGCACGACACGUACGAACGGUUGCUCCAAAUCUUCCGCCAUAUUGAUGAACCGGAUUCCUAUCACGGCGUUAGCAGAACAACCUCGCUUGCGAGUAUGAUGCAGCAAUAUGACUAUGAGGGCAAUGGCUGGAAGAGUUUCUGUUUACGAGGAGCUGAGCUUGAAGCCGUGUCUCGACUUGGAUAUAUGGACGGUAAAGCUGCUGUUCACAAUCGCGGUGUGCGAGAAAGUUUGUCCAAGCUGGGGCUAUAUGCUACAGCGAAGGCAAUCACUGCUGCUGAUAUGGGGUUUAGCGAUGUGCACAGUAUCGCUUGGCGUCUCGAACAAUGGGACCUCCCUUCCGCGAAAGUUCCUAGUGACCAAACGGCGCUGUACACAGUUUUGCAGCAGCUCAACUUUGAUGCACCGCGACCCGGUUCUGCUGCUUGUUUGAAUGCCGCGCUUCUGAGUGUAACGAAGAAAUUGCUGCAUCGGGCAGACUCGCCCACUACAGUGAGAGGGCAAUGGUGUUCUUUAGCUGCUUUGGUCGAAGUUGACGAGUUGACCCGAAUAAACGGCAAGUCUGAGGACUUGAUACAUGCUUGGGAGAAACGAGCUGAUCACUGGGCUGACCACGCGCAGUUCAGUGAUGUCGAGAUGUUGUUUGCCUUGCGUUCCGUCUUGUUCGGUUCAGUUAUGAAACGUCCUCAUCUUCAACGGGUACAACAACUUAACCCCGAACAAGCUUUCCGUCUACAAGCCCGAUACUUGCUGAAGUCCUGCCGAAUGGCACGAGCCCAGGGUCAAUAUCAGAUUGCUUUGAGCAACGCCGCAUAUUUACAAGAAGCUGCCAACACGUACCUUCCAAAUGAUGAUGCUUUGAUGCACGACGUCUCUGUAAAUACGGCAAGCGUUUUCUGGAAGCAAGGCGAGUCUAUACCUGCUAUCAGGAUGUUGCAACAGACCAUAGUCGACUGGAAGCCUAAGACUGCCGGUCCAAAUGUGCGACGGGCCAAAACUUUAGCCCAACUAGCUGGAUGGAUGUCGGAAGCGCGGUUGGAAAGACCUGAUGUGAUACUACAAUCGUACCUCGAGGUUGCCGUUCAAGAGCUGCACGGCGUGGUUGAGGGGGAUAAUGCUGGUCGAGUCUUCAACGAGUUCGCCUCUUUUUGUGAGAAGCAGCUGAAUAGUUCCGCCAUUGCUGAAGAUUUCGCUCGUAUGCAACGCCUGCGAGACCAGAAAUCUGCGGAGAUAUUCGAGCUUCAACAGCUACUUGCCUCGUCGUUACCCGAAAAGAAGGCACGAGCCGUGAAAAGCCACCUUGGCAAAGCCAAGGCGUUGUACCAGCUCGAUAACGCCGAGUACCAAAGACUUUUGGAGAACAAGACAACUUUCCUCACGAAGAGUGCGCAGUACUAUCUGAGAUGCAUCGCAGCUUCUGAUGCGUAUGAUUUCCAGGCGUCUAGGUUUUGUGCAUUCUGGCUGGCGAAUUGCACUAUGGAUGCCGUUAACGAGAUCGUCCAGGACUAUCUUCCAAAAGUUCCUUCAAGGAAGUUCAUACCCUUGAUGAAUCAGUUGUCAGCCCGAUUAUCGGGUGUGUCUGCCAGCGAUUCAUUUCAGGCGCCUCUACGAGCUCUGAUUUUCAGGCUUUGUCAAGAGCAUCCUUAUCACAGUCUUUAUCAGAUUAUUUCCAUGUGCAGUACAACAACCUCGUCCAGAGAUAUCGCAGCUGAAGCUCGCAAAUCAGCUGCGUUGAGUAUUUGGAACGAUCUUAAAAAUCAGAAUGACGCCGAAGCUAGAGCGGUGACGAAGAACGUGGAGUUCGUUGCAGCGGCAUACAACGAGCUUGCAAGAUACCCUAUGACGCGACGGGACUAUGGGUCUGGAUCCCUCGACAUGAGUAAGGUUUAUCCAAAACAUAGGGUGUUUCUGAAAGAUAUACCUCGGUUACGCAUACCCCCGCCUACUGCACACGUGCCUGUCGACUUAAACUGCGAUUACACGGAUGUGCCCUUGGUCAAUAGUUUUGCCGCCAAAAUCAGUGUUGCGAAUGGACUAUCUGCUCCGAAGGUCAUAGUUUGCUAUGGUACGGAUGGACGUCGUCACAAGCAGCUUGUCAAGGGUGGCAACGAUGAUCUUCGACAAGAUGCUAUCAUGGAACAAGUUUUUCAACAAGUGGACGCACUGUUGCAAAAGAAUCAAAACACUCGCCUGCGCAAUCUCCGAAUUCGCACGUACAAGGUUCUUCCAUUGACAGAAAACUCUGGAAUUCUGGAGUGGGUCCAACAGACCAUACCCAUCAACGAAUACCUCAUCCCGGCUCAUGAAGCGUAUCAUUCUAAGGAUUGGUCAAUCAACGGUAAAUGUCGUAAACACAUCGCUGAAGUACAAGGCAAAAGCAACUCGACCAGAUUACGUGCAUACGAAAUGGUCACCGAGCAUCUGCACCCAGUGAUGCGUCAUUUCUUCUUCGACAAUUAUGUAAGUCCCGACGAAUGGUACUCUAAACGACUGAAUUACAGUCGCAGUACGGCAGCCAUUUCCAUGCUCGGGUACGUUCUGGGGCUUGGCGACCGUCACGGACACAACAUCUUGCUGGACAAGUCCACAGGAGAAAUUGUUCAUAUUGACCUAGGCGUGUCAUUUGAACAGGGCAAAACGCUUCCUAUACCGGAAACCGUGCCGUUUAGAUUAACCCGAGAUAUUGUGGAUGGUUUCGGAAUCACUGGUGUUGAAGGAGUCUUCAGGAAGUGUUGCGAAUACACAUUGAGCGUGCUUCGCAACGAAUCUCCUGCAGUUAUCACUAUUCUCGAUGUCCUCCGACAUGACCCAUUGUAUUCAUGGACAAUCUCGCCUCUCCGUAUGAAACGCAUCCAGGAAAAAGAGCCGUUGCAGGACGACGGUUUUGCCCCUGGCGAAGGCCAUGGACUGCCUUCUGGGGCUGGGCGUAGAAGCAGUGGCAGUGAAGGAGUAGAAGCGGAGCGCGCUCUCCUGGUCGUAUCACAGAAACUGUCGAAGACCCUGAGCGUUGAAGCCACAGUGAACGAGCUGAUCCAACAGGCGACGGAUCCACGGAACCUGUCAUUGAUCUUCUGUGCGCUCGUACUAAACGCUUUCGCGCUAGGCUGGGCUGCAUAUCUCUAG